GGAGGGUCCAAAGAUACCGGACCCCAAACGAUAUUAUAAAAAACGAAAACAUGUGUCAGUGUUUGUUUACAAGCACUAUUAUUCGGAAUAUAAUCGAAAAUAAGAACUGUUAAAUUCCAAAAAAAUGACAGAACAGGAGAUUGAGGAUGACCUAUCGGUCUCAUAUCCCAGGGAGCCCUUUCACAAGAGUGCAGUGGUCACUCCAGUCCAUCAGUUAAAGAAAAAGAAAUUCACAGAUAUAACAUUCAUUGUUGGGGCUCCCAGUGCAGCCAAAAAGUACACAGGAAACAGAGUAGUCCUUGCUAUGACUAGUCCGGUCUUUGAGGCUAUGUUCCAGGGGGAUAUGGCCAACAAAAGCAGAGUCGUACGCGUCACCGAUAUACAUCCCAGCGGAUUCGAGAACCUUCUAAGGUAUGCUUACAGUGAUGGUUUGCGUCUAACAAGCAUCGAAGAUGCCAUGAUGACCGCAUUUGCAGCCAAGAAAUACGCUCUACCCCAUCUCCUGGAACAAUGUUUCACCUAUUUAGAAGCCAACGUCAAUGCAAAAAAUGUCUGCCAGAUAUAUGAAUUUGCCCAAUCCGUAGAUGCACCCCUUCUCAUCUUUCUGUGUCUGAACAUUAUGGAUCGACAGACAUUCCAUGUACUCACAUCUCCCAGCUUUCCAAUGGUACUUCCCAGUACUGCUGAACUGCUCGCCAGUAGAAGUUACCUGAAUUUGUACUCUGAAUAUACCGUUUAUACAUCUCUAGUGCAAUGGGGAGAAGAUGAGUGUAAAAGAAGAAAAAUACCAGAUGAUCCGGAUAAUGUUCGACAAGUCUUAGAGAGCCAUCUACCAUACAUUCGAUUCAUGGCGAUGUCAUCUGAAGAAUUCGCCAAAGGUCCUGCAAAAGGUGGAUUGCUCACUUUAGACGAGUGUUUUAGUGUAUUCAUGAACUUGGCAAUACCAGAAUGUAUGCCUGUGCCUCCUGGAUUAUCUCCAGAAUAUAACAAAAGAACUGCUCCUCCAGAGUACUUCGUCUGCACUAGAUACAGAGGACUUUCUUAUUCUCCACCAGGGAGGCCACUUAGGGUCUUUGGAGCACGGUUUUCAACAAUAGAAAAGAAUGUUUUCUUAGUGGGAGCUGCAUUCCCUGUUAGGCUAGACAAUAACUACUAUGCUGUAAGGCAACCUAAGUACACAGGUGUAGUGAGAAUAGCUAGAAGAAUGGUGGAUGGAAAAAUAGAGCGUCAAGAGUCUGAAGUAUCCUUCCAACUUUCCAAGGGAAAGGACACAACUAUCACCCUGAGGAAGCCAUAUUACAUUCGAAGGGGUGAGAAGUACGAAGUGGAACUUCAGGCUCAUGCGCUCAUUAAUGAUGACGUCAUCGUGCCUUUACUUAGAAAUAAAAAGAGAGAAGACAACGUAGAAGGAGUCACAUUCCAGUUUAUUCCUUUCACUCGAGUUAAACUCUCCAGUAUUCUGGACAUAACAGAAUUUUCGGAAUUACAUUUUUACUGCUGAAAGAAACAGCUUCAUUUGAUUGACAGAUUGGAUCAAGUAAAAGCCUUUUUUGAAGGCAAGCACAAAAAUUCAGAAUUGCAAGAAAUUAUGAUAAGUGUUGUAAAUGUGGAUUUUAUGCAUUCUAUUGUGCUGUUGAAAGUUUAGAUAUAUAUAUUUGCGAACUGCAACUAAGUUUGAAAGUUGUUGGAAUUGAAAUAUACAACUUAAGCCGAUCAAAGUAAGCAAUUUGUAAUAUUCAGCUGUAGCUUUGAAAUCUCGCUGACAUAGAUAAAAAUGUGGACAUUUUCUGUGGUUUUAAUGUAAAAAAGAGAAUAAGUAUAAAAAAAAACAAUUUGUAACUUCAAACCCAAAGUAACUUCAAAUUCAUGCACAAUUAGUGACUGUCAUAUUUGAUUCAUUAGUGUUUUCAUUGGUUCUAUAAUAGCUCUGAUAAUUGGUGACAUUUGUUUCCUUGUAUAUACUUCAUACAAAUUCUAAAGCUAUUUGCACUGCCUGUUAAAAGCUGUUUAAGGAAAAUUGUAACCAAUGGUUGAGUGAUAUUGUGACGGAUACGAACAUGCUCAUUGUAAAUCACCUAAAAUGUUACUUUACUUCACCUGUUUUCGCUCAUUGAAAAUAUAUUCUAAUAAAAGUUUAACUGUCGUUGAACAUUUUA